AUGAAGGUCAUGACCCCCGAGGAAGAGCGCGACCACUACAACCAGGUCAUCAAGGGUGGAAUCAUCGGCGGAUCCGUCUGCACGGUCCUGGGGCUGGGCGGCGUGAUACUCGCGUCGAAGCGGUACCCUGCCUUCCGCGGACUGACGCUCCCCUUCCGCUCGUUCCUGGUGACGUCGUCGGGGACGUUUGGCGCCAUUGUCAACGCCGACCGCUUCUCGGUCGAAUACCAGCGCGCCCAGGACCCCAAGGCGCAGUACCGCGACUCAAGCCAGCGCGCGCUCGAGGUCGUGCGCGAGAACGAGACGGCCUAUGAGAAGUUCCUCGAGUGGGGCCGCGACAACCGCUACUCGGUCGUCUUCGCCUCGUGGAUCGCCAGCAUGGGCGUCGCCUUCGCCCUCGUCAACCGCGCCCCCAUGAGCACCUCCCAGAAGCUCGUCCAGGCCCGCGUCUACGCCCAGGGCCUCACCCUCGCCGUCCUCAUCGUCACCGCCCUCUUCGAGGCCAACGAUGCCCAGAAGGGUGAGGGUCGCUGGCAGACCAUCCGCAUCAUCGAUCCCAACGACCCCGAGCACAAGCACCUCAUCGAGAAGAAGGUUCACAAGGAGGAGUAUGAGGGUCAGGAUCUCUGGAAGGACAUGGUUGCCGCCGAGGAGAGGCGCCUCGAGGCACGUCACCGGUCCGAGAAGAAGACUGCUUAA